AUGGCUGACGUCCGCGACCACAACAGCUCGCCCAUGCCGGGUGUCGCUCGCAACCCGGAUCCGGCCCUGGACAUUUCGCGAGAACAUGAGCAUCAGCACGUGCAUCACAGUGCGCGGGCAGCCCACCCAGACAACAUAGUCUACACCACGGGCACGACCGAGGAUCGCAGCCAUGUGCCCAACCCCACCGCCCUGGACAGCCAUCUUCACUUUCGUCGCCAGUCGGAUGAGAAGCAGGCCCAGCCGGAUCUGGAAAAGGAUCUGGAAAAGGCGGGCGGGUAUGACUACGAGGUGGAAAAGGCGACGAAUAGCUCGGGAGAGCAUAUUUCGAGGAACCAUGAGCCCGAGGCAGAGAAGAAGCCGUGGUAUUCUCCUUCGGUGCUGUAUAGAAACUACCGCUUGCCAGCCCAUCUGCUCAUUGCAGCCUUCUUCACUGGAUGGUGGAUUGCCAGCUUGGUCCUACAUCGCCACGACAAGAACUGGGUCAUUCCAUUCUUGCUCUAUCUUGCCAUCAUGCUCCGUAUCAUCACCCUUCAUGUGCCCGUCACCCUCGUCACCAAGCCCAUGCACUGGGUCUGGAACCAGACGGGAGUCCGUCUUGCCAAUCUGAUUCCAGAGAAGAUGCGUGUGCCUGCCGGUGCCGCCCUUACCAUUGCUGUCAUCAUCAUUGGCUCCUUUGUCAGUGAAGAGAGCGAGGACAACACGCGGGCCAACCGAGCCGUCUCCUUGUUCGGCCUGCUCGUCUUCAUCUUCGGCUUCUGGGCCACGUCGAAGAACCGCAGCAAGAUUGUCUGGCACACCGUCAUCGUUGGUAUGCUGAUGCAGUUCAUCAUCGCCCUCUUCGUCCUCCGUACCGGCGUCGGCUAUGACAUCUUCAACUUCAUCUCCGAGCUCGCCCGCCUGCUGCUGGGCUUCGCAAAGGACGGUGUCACCUUCCUGACCGACGACAAGGUGCCCAACCUGCCCUGGUUCUUCGUCAGCGUCAUCCCCGCCAUCAUCUUCUUCGUCUCCUUUGUCCAGCUGCUGUACUACUGGGGCAUCCUUCAGUGGUUCAUUGGCAAGUUCGCCGUCUUCUUCUUCUGGGCCAUGCGCGUGUCCGGUGCCGAGGCCGUCGUCGCAUCCGCCUCUCCCUUUAUCGGCCAGGGUGAAUCCGCCAUGUUGAUCAGGCCGUUUGUUCCCCAUCUCACCAUGGCUGAAAUGCACCAAGUCAUGUGCUCUGGUUUCGCGACGAUUGCCGGUAGCGUCUUGGUCGCCUACAUUGCCAUGGGUCUCAACUCCCAGGCCCUCAUCUCCUCGUGCGUCAUGAGUAUCCCGGCCUCGCUCGCCUUCAGCAAGCUCCGCUACCCCGAAACCGAGGAGACCCUGACGGCCGGCCGCGUCGUCGUGCCUGAUGACGAUGAACACAAGGCCGCCAACGCCCUCCACGCCUUUGCCAACGGCGCCUGGCUCGGUCUCAAGAUCGCCGGCAUGAUUGUCUCCACCUUGCUCUGCAUCAUCGCCCUCCUCAACAUGGUCGACGGCAUCCUGACCUGGUGGGGCCGGUACCUCAACCUCGACGGCGAAUACGACCUCACGCUCGAGCUCAUCCUCGGCUACAUCUUCUACCCCGUCGCCUUUUUGCUCGGCGUCUCGCGCGAGGGCAAAGACCUGCUCCUCGUCGGCCGCCUCAUCGGCAUCAAGGUCAUCACCAACGAAUUCGUCGCCUUUGCCCAGCUCGUCGCCCAAGACGACCCAGACUCGGAAUACCACUCCCUGUCCCCGCGCUCGCGCGUCAUCGCCACCUACGCCCUCUGCGGCUUCGGCAACAUUGGCAGUCUGGGCACCCAGAUUGGUGUGCUCAGCCAGAUUAGCCCCGGUCGCAGCGGCGACGUCUCGAGACUGGCCAUGUCGGCCCUUAUCUCUGGCGUGUUUUCGACGCUGUCGAGUGCCGGUGUGGCUGGGUUGGUGAUUGUAGAUCAGGGCCGGUUCACGAAUACGACACCCGCAUAG